GGCGAGAGAACCAGCUAGGUACCGCCCCGGCGCCUGCCCGCCUCCUUUUUAAGCGCCUCCCGCCUAACCUCAGCUCCCUUUGGUUUUGCCUCGCUCCUUCCUUCCCCGCCUUCCUUGUCUCCCCCGACUGCACUGGUUCCUGUGGCCACCCUGCAGCGCCAGCCCAGGUGCCAUGGCUGCUAUGUACCUCCCGAGUCUGCGGUUUAGCUGGCAUGGGCUGAGGCCCUCAUGCUGGUCACAGUGCCGUAGCAUCCAAACCCUGCGUGUGCUCAGUGGAGAUCUGGGCCAGCUGCCAACUGGAGUCCGGGACUUUGUGGAGCGCAGUGCCCGUCUGUGCCAACCAGAGGGCAUCCACAUUUGUGAUGGGACUGAGGCUGAGAACACAGCCACACUGGCCCUGCUGGAAGAGCAGGGUCUUAUCCGGAAGCUCCCCAAGUAUAAGAACUGCUGGCUGGCUCGCACAGACCCCAAGGAUGUGGCACGGGUAGAAAGCAAGACGGUGAUUGUAACUCCUUCACAGCGGGACACAGUGCCCCUCCUGGCUGGUGGGGCCCAUGGGCAGCUGGGCAACUGGAUGUCCCCAGAUGAAUUCCAGCGAGCUGUGGACGAGAGAUUUCCAGGAUGCAUGCAGGGCAGAACCAUGUAUGUGCUUCCAUUCAGCAUGGGUCCCGUGGGCUCCCCACUGUCCCGCAUUGGAGUGCAGCUCACAGACUCAGCCUAUGUGGUGGCAAGCAUGCGUAUUAUGACCCGCCUAGGAACACCUGUACUUCAGGCCCUGGGAGAUGGUGACUUCAUCAAGUGUCUGCAUUCAGUGGGCCAGCCCCUGACUGGGCAUGGGGAUCCUGUGAGCCAGUGGCCAUGCAAUCCAGAAAAAACCCUGAUUGCACACGUACCAGACCAGCGGGAGAUCGUCUCCUUCGGCAGCGGCUAUGGUGGUAACUCCUUGCUGGGCAAGAAGUGCUUUGCCCUGCGCAUCGCCUCUCGCCUGGCCAGGGAUGAGGGCUGGCUGGCAGAGCACAUGCUGAUUUUGGGGAUCACCAACCCUGCAGGGAAAAAGCGCUAUGUGGCAGCUGCUUUCCCCAGUGCCUGUGGCAAAACCAAUCUGGCUAUGAUGCAGCCUGCAUUGCCAGGCUGGAAAGUAGAGUGUGUCGGGGAUGACAUCGCAUGGAUGAGGUUUGACGGUGAAGGUCAACUCCGGGCCAUCAACCCUGAAAAUGGCUUCUUUGGGGUGGCCCCUGGCACCUCUGCUACCACCAAUCCCAAUGCCAUGGCCACAAUCCAGAGCAACACCCUUUUCACCAAUGUGGCCGAGACCAGUGAUGGUGGUGUGUACUGGGAAGGCAUUGACCAGCCUCUUCCACCUGGUGUCACUGUAACCUCUUGGCUCGGGAAGCCCUGGAAACCUGGUGACAAGGAACCUUGUGCACAUCCAAAUUCACGAUUUUGUGUCCCGGCUCGCCAGUGUCCCAUCAUGGACCCAGCCUGGGAAGCACCAGAGGGUGUCCCUAUUGAUGCCAUCAUCUUUGGAGGCCGCAGACCCAAAGGAGUACCUCUGGUGUAUGAAGCCUUCAGCUGGCGCCAUGGGGUGUUUGUAGGUAGCUCCAUGCGCUCCGAGUCCACCGCAGCUGCUGAACACAAAGGAAAGAUCAUUAUGCAUGAUCCCUUUGCCAUGCGGCCUUUUUUUGGCUAUAACUUUGGACACUAUCUCCAACACUGGCUGAGCAUGGAGGGACACAAAGGAGCCCGGCUGCCUCGUAUCUUCCACGUUAACUGGUUCCGGCGAGAUGAAGCAGGCCGCUUCCUGUGGCCAGGUUUUGGGGAGAAUGCUCGUGUGCUAGACUGGAUCUGCAGACGAUUAGAAGGAGAAGACAGUGCCCAAGAGACUCCCAUUGGGCUAGUACCGAAGGAAGGAGCCCUGGAUCUCAAUGGCCUCAAAGCAAUAGACACCAUUCAGCUGUUCUCUAUCCCCAAGGACUUCUGGGAACAGGAGGUUCGUGAUAUUAGGAGCUACCUGACAGAGCAAGUUAACCAGGAUCUGCCCAAAGAGGUGCUGGCUGAGCUGGAGGCUUUGGAGGGGCGUGUGCGAAGAAUGUGACCUGAGGCUCUAGGCUAGCAAGAACAUGGCACCCCCACCUGGGUAUGGAACUCCCAGGCUCAUAGAAAACAAGAACAAUUUGAUAUUAAAGUGUGUGAGUGUUGGGAGGCCAGGCCACAGACCUCCUCCCAUGAUGUCUGAUAAGAAAUUCACGUUUAUUUUA